AUGUUUUUAAAACUUUUAAUUUUCCUUUUAAUUAUAAACAAAAUUAUUGCUUCUGAUUCUAAUAGCGGAGAUAGUGGCAAUGAAAAUUCUAAUAGUAAGCCCAGUGAUGAGUUUGUCGACUCUGUUGACGUUCGAGAGAAUGAUAAUGAGCAACAACCUUCCAAUUCAAUCGACAAUCAAAAUCUUCAAGACCCACAAUUUAUUAAAGAUGAUGAUACAAAUGCACUGUUAAAUAACGAAGAGAAUAAUCGCAUUAAUGAAUACACAACAGAAAAAAUUAAAAAAGAUGAGGAAGACCAACUAAAUAAUGAAGGAUCUAUUGUGGACAAUGAAUUUCCUGAAGAGGAUAAUGAUGUAAAUGGAAUAAACAUUAAUACAACUGCAAAAUAUCUCAAUGAUGUAAAUGAUAAUGAUAACAAUGAAAGUGAUGGGCAAGGAUGCGUGUAUGAGGAUGGUGUAAUUAACGAUAAUGGGGAGGAACGUACACCUACAUCGGAUGAACAAAAACAAAUUGAGGAAUAUCUUCAAGAAAUGCGUGAAUUUGAAGAGCAAAUGGUCAAAGACAGUGCUAAUUUUAUGAGAAAUUUAGCACAAUUUGUAAUGAGUCAAUUCGAAAACAUUUUUGGUUCUUCCGUCUCUUCUCUAUCAAGGAACAAUAAUAAUUUGUUGGAGAAAAAACCUGUAGAAGCACCAACACCUCCUUGUUUAUGCAAAAAAUGUGACAGUAUGGCAUUUAUACACAACAAGCAAAACAAAUAUUUUAAAAAUUUUGCUAAUUAA